AUGGCGGCAUAUGUGGACCUCUCUUUACCCGCAGAUUCAGGCCGCCCGAGUAGCCCAGCGCCCCAACGUCCUCUUCGACCAUGCCCGUGGCGGCGAUAUGUCCGGGCCGUCUACUACACCGCUCCCUGGGACGGAUUGACAGCGACCACCGUCCAGCCUGGCUUCCGUAUGAUUGUUGGCAACCCCAUUAUUCGCAACGAGUCAUCCGUCAACCAGUACCGCCAGCUAAUCUUCACCUGCCCGAACGCGCUCGACACUCGCACGGGCGGGACCAAGUCCAUACCUAAGCUUGUUUACAAGGAUUGA